UGUACUUUGUAGCGUUCCGCUCUUGCCAACGGCAGCAACAUGAACUCCAGCACUAUCUUCGAUAUUUUGCGGACUCCGCCAGCGGAUCCGGUGAAGCUGCCCAUCUUCAGCUCCCCGCUCGUGAGUCUGCUAGUCGUGCUGGGAUAUCUGGUCUUUGUGCUCAAACUGGGACGCGACUUUAUGGCCAACAGGAAGCCGUACAAUGUGCGGCGGGCGAUGCUGGUGUACAACCUCUGCCAGAUCCUCAUGAAUGCCGGCCUCUUCGGCUUGGGCAUCUACUACAUGUUUGUGCGACGAAUCUACAAUCUGCGCUGCAUGACCAUGCUGCCGCUGGAACAUCCGGAUAAAGCCCAAGAGCAUCUCAUCGUCUACGCGUACUUUGUCAACAAGUUGUUGGACCUGGCCGACACUUUGUUCUUUGUGCUGCGCAAGAGCUACAAGCAGAUCACCGUGCUCCAUGUGUACCAUCAUGCGUUGAUGGUGCUGAGUCCGCCCUUGAUCUGCCGCUUCUAUGGCACUGGGGGACAGUACAGCAUGAUGGGUUUGCUCAAUGCCUUCGUGCAUGUCGUGAUGUACAGCUACUACUUUGUGGCCGCCCUGUAUCCGCAGAUCAAGGGCAAGCUGUGGUGGAAACAGUACAUCACCAAGCUGCAGCUGCUGCAGUUCGUCAUCCUGUUCCUGCAGGCCGCCCUGAUGCUGUGCUUCAAUCCGGGCUGCGUCUUUCCCCGCUUCCUGCAGUACCUACAGCUGGGUGUAUCCGCCUCGAUGAUGAUUAUGUUCGGGAACUUUUACUACCAGACCUACAUCAAAGCAAAGAGCAAAUCGCAAUAAUUAACAAUAAAGUACAGCCCAUGUGGGGCUCUCUCCACUC